AUGCAUGCAACAACUUUACUAAUUCUCAUGGGCAUGGCUGUCUUUACCGCGGCCAUUCCAGCUCCUGCACCCAUCCCAGUCCCAAGUCCAGAUCCAGUUACCUAUGACGAUGGCUCAUACAAGCCAUGGCUUUACCCCGGAGACGAUGGAUCCUACAAGCCGUGGCUCUAUCCGGGGUACGACGGUACGGCAACCGGGUCUAGUACAACCACAGGAAGUUCAUCGUCUACAGGAACAAGUAUUGUUUACAGUAAUGGAGCAGCAGUAGUAACCUGGAAAGUUGACAUGACUCAUGCGUCGAUCUGGAUCGGAGUAUGCGCUUUAGUCUUUAAAUUUGCAAUUGGUUUCUAA